CCUUGACCGGAAUGGAACCUGGGACCCUUGAGUCCAAAGGCCGAGACUCGGAGUCUAUCCGCUGAGCCAAACCGGUCAGGGCUUCUUUAUUCUUUUCUUGUCUCUCAGGAGCGGAGUUGCUAGUGUCAGCCGGCUCUCGCUGGCUUUAAGGACCCUUGCGGGGAACACUGGAGGCUGUGCCUGGGAAGAUCCGCUAAUCCAGGCAGUGUUUGCGGGUGAUUCUCAACCUGAACUGCGCGUUAAAAUCACUUGGAGGGCUUUUAACAAAAACCUGGCUGCAACCCAGAUAACUCAACCAGACUCUGGGGUAAGACCCAGGCAUCGGCGGUAGAGGGUUGCAGCAGAAGUAACCGGAAGUGGCUCUGCCCCUAACUAACAUGGCGUCCAGGUGGUUUCCGUUCUCCUCUCUAUGGUUACAGCAAUUGGCCUCGGCGGCUUCUCGCGGGUUUACCAGACGUCACCGGUUCAGCAAACUACUCCCUCCCCGCUCUCCUUGGAAGGCGGGGCUACGAAGAGAUGCUGCCUGGUGAUUGGUUGCAGCGCAUUAGGAAGUUGGCCUGCGCACGCCUGGACGUUAUUGAUUGCCGAGAGGCGGGGCGACUAGACUGCUGAAGAGGUAGCUGCCGCUGUGGGAGAAACAUGGGUCAGGCGGCCAAGGUUUUACAGCUCUUUAAAAGAUUGCACAGGACCAGACAACAAGUUUUUAAAAAUGAUACCAGAGCAUUAGAAGCAGCCAGAGUAAAAAUAAAUGAAGAAUUCAAAAGUAAUAAAAAUGAAGCUUCUUCUAAGAAAAUAGAAGAGCUAAUAAAAAUAGGUUCUGAUGUGGAAUUGUUGCUCAGAACAUCUGUUGUACAAGGUAUUCACACAGACCACAAUACACUGAAAUUGGUUCCUAGGAAAGACCUUCUUUUAGAAAAUGUGCCAUAUUGUGAUACACCAACUCAGAAGCCCUGAAUUUCUAGGAUAAAAUCAAGUCUUUAUAAUUUUUAAUUUCAAAAUAUAUAACUGCAACAUAAGUCCUAGAAAUGCAGAUAUUUUUCUCUGAACUGGCAUGUUGAAAAUUAGUCAGUUAAAGUAUAGUUUUAUAAUUAAAUUUCCCAUUAAAAAGACAUAGCUGAAAACUUCAGGCUAUAGCUAAGUAUUUCUAAAGAACAUUCGAUAAGAAGAUAUUUCAUUUUCAUUGAAAAAAAAAACUGUACCAAGUGAUAUAAAUGCUUAGGGAAAUAUAUCAUAUUUAUUUUUCUUUGACCUUGAUGAGUAUUUUGCUCUUAUUAUAACUAUUUGAGAAUGCAGUGUUUUGAUAAGUUGGUGUGUUUUCCUCCCAUGUGAAAUGAAACCAUUAGAUUAAAUUAUUACGUUAAGUUGAUGUUGAGUCCCAAACACAUUACAUUGGUCAAAAUAUCACAGUGUGUGACCCUAGCCAGGUAGUUCAGUUGUUUAGAGCAUUGUCUUGAUACUCCAAGGUUGCAGGUUUGACGCCUGGACAAGGCACAUAUAAUAAUUAACCAGUGAAUGCAAAUAUAAGUGGAAUAACAAAUUAAUGUUUCUCUCUCUCUCUCUCCUUUGCUUUCUCUCUGUAAAAUCAAUAAAAAGUAUUUUAAAAAUCACAGUGUGUGCCAACUCUCACAGAAAGUGGCCUUUGUUUCCAGAAGCACUGUAAUGGUUUCUGUAGCUAACAAGUAAUAGUUUCUUUUUACAGAUAGAGAAUAUCUCUGUUCCUAAAAAGACACUUUUUAAUCAGUCUUCUGAAAAUAGAUGAUAAAAUAUCAAAAUCACCUAGUAUCACUGUGGAAUAAAAAAAUCCUAACUUUUUAAAUAAAUAGUGGCCCUUAGUCAAACUAUAGCCUUCGCAGAAUUAGCUGUACUUAGACCACAGCUAGGCUUUAUUGUAAAAAUGUAAUAUAUGACUGCAUCGUCUUCAUUUUUAAUCAAUAAAACUUAAAUGGCUUUUCUACAUUUCUCAUCCCUGAAGAGAUUGGCAGUAUUAUAAAGUAGUUUAGCAUUCUACCAUUUGGUGGUGGUAACUAUAAAAUUGUAUUUAAUAUUAUUUUUGUUUCUCUUUUAUGAGUAUCUUUACCAUUUUGUUUUAUUCAGUGAACAGUGUGUUUUCUCCCAUUCACUGAUUGACUCUCCCAUUCAAUGAUAACACAGGAUUUUACAAGAUUCUCAAUGCUUUGUUGGCAAAACAUAUUGGUAUAUCCAUACUAGAUAUAAAAUUUCAUACUUAAUCCCUGGCCAGUGAGGCUCAGUUGGUUGAAUGUCAUCCUGUGCACCAGAAGGUUGCUGGUUCGAUUCCCAGUCAAGGGCACAUGCCCAGGUUGCAGGCUCAAUCCCCGGUAGGGGUGUGUAGGAGGCAGCUGAUGGAUGUUGUGUUCUCAUAGUGAUGUCUCUCUCUCUCUUUCUCUCUUUCUCUUUCCCUCUCUUUCCCCAUCCUUCUCCCCCUUCCUCUCCCUCUGAAAAUCAUUAAACUAAAAAAAAAAUUCAUACUUAAAAAUAAUUUUAGGAGAUCAGAACAUUAUCAAAAUUAUUUAGAUGUAGAACACUUAAACCAGAGACUACCCUUAAUGCUUCCUAAUACUUUUUAGGAAAUUAGUAGUCUGUGGAAUGGAUUAUACAUGUCAAAAGGUUUGCUACUUCCCAUGUGUAUUAUUGUAUAUAUGGAAAUUAUACCUAUAUAAAAAUUAAAUAUACUUGUGUUCUGGAUACUAAUCCUGUGUUGGUUAUCUGUGAUGUAAAUGUCUUCUUCCAAUAUGUGACUCAUCUUUUAACUCUGUUUAUGAUAAACCUGAAGCAUAGGAGUUUAUUUUAGUGUAUCCAUUUUUUAAAAUACUUUCCUUUAUUAAUUUUGCUUUUGUAUCUUUUUAAGAAAUUCUUCUCUACUCCAAAGUCAUAAACAUGUUGUAAUACAUUUUCCUCUGAA